UGAGGGAGCCGCCUCCCCUCCCCCCACGGCCCCAGUCCGGGCCGGGCCCCGCUGAGGAGGAGGAGGAGGCGGCUCUGAGGGGGCUCCGGACAGAUCCUCAGCUCUGGCUCAUCCUGGCGGGACCCCAUGACCUUCCCUGACAGGCCCUCACCAUGAGUGAGGACUCAUGCCGCACCCGGAGCCAGAAGCGCGCCCUGGAGCGGGACCCGGAGCCCGACAGUAAAAAACUCAGGAUGGACAAAGGAGUGCUGGGGUCCGAGCUCAGCGCCGCCGAGGGGGACAUGAAGAUCAAAGCGGAUCCCGGAGCCGGGAAAAUCCCGGGAAUGCUGAAAAGCGGGGAGGUCAAAGCCACCAUCAAGGUGGAGCUGCCGGCAGCCGGGGAUGAGCCCGUGGACAUGAGCACAUCCAAAGGGGAGUGCCGGCGGGAGCAGCGCGUGCCCUCCCCGGAUGUGAUCGUGCUGUCGGACAAUGAGCCCUCGAGCCCCCGCGUCAACGGCCUGGCCCGGCUGGCGCUGCCCGAGCCCGGCACCGAGGCCCUGCUGCGGAGCCCGGAGCAGCGGGAGCGCCUGAUCAAGCAGCUGCAGGAGGAGCUGAGGCUGGAGGAGGCCAAGCUGGUGCUGCUCAAGAAGCUCCGGCAGAGCCAGAGCCAGAAGGAGACGCCGGCGCCCAAGCCCUCCUCCAGCCGCGUCCCGGGCUCCGGGCUCCCGCCCCCGCUGCUCCGGGGGGGCCAAGCGGCCGCCUCCAAGCAGAGCCCCCAGAUUGUGAUGCCCCCCCUGGUCCGAGGGGCCCAGCAAAUCCACACCAUCCGGCAGCACUCGAGCACGGGCCCGCCGCCGCUGCUGCUGGCCCCGCGCGCCUCGGUGCCCUCGGUGCAGAUCCAGGGCCAGAGAAUCAUCCAGCAGGGCCUGAUCCGCGUGGCCAACGUGCCCAACGCCAGCCUGCUGGUCAACAUCCCCCAGGCAUCCCCCACGUCCCUCAAGGGCUCGGCGGUGCCCUCGGGCCAGGCUGGCGCGGCCCCGGCGGGCGGCGCGGCGCUGGGCGGCUCGGGCGAGGCCCCGGGCAGCCGCCAGGCCGCGGCCAAGCUGGCGCUGCGCAAGCAGCUGGAGAAGACCCUGCUGGAGAUCCCCCCGCCCAAACCGCCCGCGCCCGAGAUGAACUUCCUGCCCAGCGCCGCCAACAACGAGUUCAUCUACCUGGUGGGGCUGGAGGAGGUGGUGCAGAACCUGCUGGAGAGCCAAGGGAAGGUGGCGGUGGCCGUGUCCUGCCGGGAGCCCUACCUGUGUGCCCAGUGCCACACGGACUUCACGUGCCGCUGGCGGGAGGAGAAGAACGGCACCAUCAUGUGCGAGACCUGCAUGGCCUCCAACCAGAAGAAGGCCCUGAAGGCCGAGCACACGAACCGGCUCAAGGCCGCCUUCGUCAAGGCCCUGCAGCAGGAGCAGGAGAUCGAGCAGAGGAUCCUGCAGCAAACGGCCCCGCCCGGGCAGCCCAAGGCCGAGCCCGUGGGGCAGCACCACGCGCUCAAGCAGAGCUCCAGCCAGCUGUCCCGGGGCGCGUCCCGGGGGGUGCUGCACAGCUUCAGCUCCUCGCCCAAGCUGCAGAGCUCCUCGGGCAGCGCCGCGCUGGGCGGCCGGCCCGGCAAGCACGCCGACAGGGCCGGCAGCAAGGGCGGCGCCGCCUGGAAGAAAAACCCCAUCAGCACAGGUGGGGCCCUGCCCUUCGUCAGCCCCGCGCUGGCCGUGCACAAGUCGGCCUCAGCCGUGGAGCGGCAGCGCGAGUAUCUCCUGGACAUGAUCCCGCCCCGCUCCAUCCCACAGUCGGCCACGUGGAAAUAAUUCCCGAGGGAGGACUUUUCCAGGCUCUGCCAUCCUUUCUUUUCUACCACAAUUCCGUGGAAUCUGCUUUAAUCCCAGCUGGAUAACGCCCCGAGG